UUUUACUUCAUCACAAAAUGCAAGCCGAUUCCUCUACACCCAAGGGUACUAUUAGAAAACGUGUCACCUCUCGUAGCAACACUAACAAUGCUGCUCGUGGUGGUAUUCCCGGUGGAAGUACUUCUAGUAUGAUGCGUAUCUACUCUGACGACUCCCCAGGUCUUCGUGUUGAUCCUGUUGUUGUUUUGGUCCUUUCAUUGACUUUCAUUGCAUCUGUGUUUGGCCUUCAUAUUGUUGGUAGAUUCUUGGCCUAAGAACUGUAGUUUACACUUAUUAAUACACGUAUAUAUUUUCAAUCAAAACACAUAUAUCAAUUCAUAUCAUUCUUAUUUAAAAUAAAAGCGUACAGUUUGUUUCUUGGUACUACAAACACAAAAGGUUUUUAGU